CACUCAAAGGAGGCAUGGGCUGGGCUGGCGAGACAAAGGCAGAAAAGUGAGCGGAGGUGGGCGGAGUCUGAGUGCCAGGCAGUGCCGGCCGGUGUCUGUCCGAGCGGAGGGGCGUGGCCCGAGUGGAGGGGCGGAGACUCCGGUUCCUCGCGGUGAGCUGCAACUUGCGGAGGAGCAGCAGCAGCAGCAGCCAGAACUGAAAAAAGCCAUGGCGGAGGCGGCAGCCGAGAAAGCUUACUACAGAUUCCUUGUGCUCUUCUUCAAUUGCCUCUUGACCUUUGGAUCUUACUUCUGCUUUGAUAUCCCCAGUGUUUUGCAAGAGCAGUUUCAAGGGAAUCUAACCUGUCCCAAUGGCACACACCACAAUGGCACAGGGCAUAAUGGAACUGACUGUGUGGAAGGCCUGGGAAUGACGCCUGAAGAGUACAAUCUUCUGUAUGCUAUCUAUGCCUGGACCAAUGCACUGGUGGUGAUCAUGGCUGGCUUCUUAAUUGACAAACUGGGAAAUCGCUUUGGUGUAUUUCUCUUCUCUUUCCUCACUGUCCUGGGAUCAUCCAUAUUUGCUCUGGGCUCUCACUUCAGAGGAACUCCAUACCUCUUGCCGCUGAUGCUGACGGGCAGGUUGCUUUUCGGCUCUGGAAACGGGUCACUGACAAUUGUGCAGAAUCGUAUCACAGCCUUCUGGUUCAAGGGGAAAGAGUUGGCUCUGGCGUUUGGGCUAACGCUCUCCUUUUCCCGGCUUGGAAGUGUGCUCAACUUCUUCUUCACCCAGCAGUUUGAAAGUCACUUUGGCAUCCAGUGGACUCUCUGGGGAGGGACUUUGUUAUGUGUCCUGGGCUUCCUUUCUGCUGUCGUCGUCAGUGUGCUGGACAAGGUGGGCACGAAGCAGCUCGGAUUGGAUGGAGUUAUUCAGCAAGAGUCCAAGAAAGUGCGGGUUCAGGAUGUCCGACACCUGCCACUUCGCUAUUGGCUCCUGGUCCUGACCAUCAUGUUUUUCUACAACGGGAUCUUUCCUUUCGUGGCAGAUGCCAGCAAGUUUAUCCAAGAUAAGUAUCCUGGCUACAGCCAACAGGCAGCUGCUUACAUUGCUGGUGCGGUUUACGACAGCUCCCUUGUUCUCUCAGCGGCAGUUGGCAUACUGAUCGAUUAUGUUGGACUGAGAGGUGUAUUUGCAGUUGGCUGCGCAGUGCUGACUUUGCCCGUCUUUGCCCUCUUGGCUUUCACGUUUGUUCCUCCACUUGUCUCUACCAUCUGGCUGGGCAUUACCUACUCCUUUGCAGCAGCUAGCAUGUGGCCCUCUAUACCCCUUGUGGUCCCCCAGGCAACACUGGGAACAGCCAUGGGGCUUGCAACAUCCGUACAGAUGAUUGGAAUUGGCCUCUCUAAUGUGAUUGUGGGACGGAUUCUGGGAACGAAGUCGAGUGAGUUAAAGAUCCCAUUGUGGCGAUGGCAACAGAUGAUGGUCUUCAUGCUGGCAAACACCAUUGCUUGCAUUGUUGCCUCCAUCAGCCUCAACAUAGCGGACAAGAAGCAGGGUGGAACAUUGAACCGCUCAACAAAGCGCUCAUCAACAGAGGAGCCUGCCAGGCUGCCUGUAGACACAGCCCCACUCCUAAGUGAGGUGGAAGAUGAAGGAUCCAUCAACUAGGAAGCCCUCUGUGGGCUACUGUCUAAUAUUUCAUUAAGGAAUCUAAACAUAAGUCCAACUUACAGCACAGUCCCUUUUUAGGCCCUCGUAUAAAUAUAAGUCGGGCUUAUGUUACCGGUAGGAACAAAAGGGAAAUCUUACACUACGAGGUUCUACAAAUCUGCCAUGUGCCAAGAAACCCUGUAAUACUGCCUCUUGGGCACUGGAGCAGUUUAGCUGCGGUCAUAGAAGAAUACUUGAACAAGAGGACAGUUAUUUCCAGCUCCUGGCUCUCCAGUACAGGCAGAAUUUUUCUGCAUGUUGCAGUCUUGAAAAGCACAGAAGUCAAGUCAAAUCCUACUGAAAUCCUACUGAAAUCAAUGGGAAUUCAGUGAGUAAAUCUGCAAGUUACAUCUUUAUCGUAUAAGACCCACUUAAGCAUUGGGAUAUUCAAAACAUGUCUUCUAAGAAUCUCAGUUGCAGGCCUAGGUAUCUAUCCUGUUCUUAUGUUUGCAGGUAGUGUGGACAUCCCCUUCAAACGUAGCACAAUCUCUUGGUGAAUGUGAGCCUCAAAAAGCUAUGGAAUGAAUAGGAGUCAGUAUUAUUUCAUGCUGGUUCAUGCCCAUGUCUUGACCUAAUCCGUUUUCUAUGACAGAGGCCCCAAACAAAACCUAGUGUGUAUGCACACUGAUUCCUUGAUGUUAGCCAAAAUAACAAAUAGGAACUGCAGCAAAAUACUGCAUUGUGGACUGCUCCAGUUCAAGGUUAUAAGACCACAAGAGCAGCCCUUGCUAGGUCUGUCCAAAAGCCCCUCCAGUCCUGUAUUCCAUUCUCACAGUGACUAAUCAGAUGUUUAUGGGAAGCCCACAAGCAUCACCUGAACACAAUAGUGUUCUCUCCACCUGUCAUUCCUGGCAGUUGACAUUCGGAGGCAUACUGCAUCUGAAAGUGAGGGAGACUACAGAUGAAAGGGCUAUCGCUACACUUUGUGGUAGUUCUAACCAUGCACUGCUUGGGUUGCAGUCAGCCGUGCCCUUUUCCAGAAUGCUUUAUUCCAUCCCAAGAUGGCUACUCAUUGGGCAUCCACUCCUUAACAUUUCCCUCAAGCUGCUAUCUGCCUCUUGUAGUGCUUAGAUUGACAAUUGGAGAGUGAGCUUGCUAUUAGUAUAUAGGACAUACAUGCACAUGCAGUGGAUGAAAAGAAAUACUUUACUUAUUUGAUGGUCUUAGAAUUAUUGACAAACAUAAGUGCAAAUUGAUCAAGAUCCACUAUGGAGAAGUUUUCAGUGAGUUGGUUGCCUGCCUGCAAAUUCCUACAUUCUUGCAUUGCUGGGAGUUGGACUAGAUGACCCUUGAGGUCCCUUCCAACUCUACAGUUCUACGAUUCUGUGAAGCAGAUGCUAGCACCUUCCUUCAGGCUAUUAAAUCUUGCCAAAACUUGUCCAUGAUUACAUUCAAGAGCUUGGAUGUGGAGCCAGCAACACAACAUGUACUUGGCUUUCAUCCCAGGCUUUUAAAUGGAUAAUGUUGGCUGUGAGCUAUUUGAAUAACAUAUCUAUAAUAUCAGGAGUGGUAGAAUCUGUGGCUCUCUAGAUUAUUGGUGGAUUACAGCUUCCAUUAUGCCCAGCUACUAGCCAUUCUGGCUGGGGGCUUAUGGGAAUUCAACAAUAUAUGGAAUACUACUAGUUAUCUCUGCUCUGCAGUAAAAAUUGUUCAGAAAGCUGAAUUUGAUUAAUGCCCUUAGUUUAAAAGGUUUUCACCUAAUAGGUCUUACCUAUUGCAUGAAUGUGGGCCUUGCCCAGUCUGCAAAUGCCCAUACGCAGAGAGCUUCCACCAACAAUACAGUGUUUGGAGUAAAGUAUUUUCCCCCCCCCCAUACCUGCUAUGAAGUUCUUGCUCUGCUGAUGUCCAAAGAGUUGAGGCUUUUGUGCUCAUGUAGCUUUCCAGCACACACCACAUCAGUAUUACUAACAUAGGACUGUUACGGAGAAAGUACUUCCAAGUCUUCCAAAAGGAAUGAUGUACAUCACUAAAUAUUCCUACUCCAGCAAUGGGUAAGGUGGCAGCUAUUACCAGCAUCAUCCUUCGGUGGUACUAGAGUUUAGUAAUGUAAACAUAAAUUUAUAGGAAAAGUGUAGGCCAUAUUUUUGGUCAUAAGGCUAAAGAAAAAUCUGAAGCAGGACAGUACUUUGAUUCUUAGAAGCCUCAAAGAGAGGCUUGUCAGAUUAAUAACACGCAAGUUUAAAAUGUAGUACUCUACCCAGAACAACUUCGUUUUUCUCCCUUUGCCACAAUAUCUCUUUUUACACCUCGUGAUUAUGUACAGAAUCUUCUACGCUAUACUGCAACAACAUUAACAGAAUGCUGAUUUUGGCUUGCUAACACCACUAGGAGAAAUGAAUUAAAGAUUUUUAAUAUUUCUUAAAUGA